AUGUUAUACAAAUGGGAACACCAAUCUGGCUUGGCAGCUAACUGGAUUUGGGAAGAUCUAUCUUGUGAAACAUUUGGAAGAACUAGACCAAUUUGGUGGAGAGCUACGAAAGGAACUGAGUUUGUACGAACAUCGAUAAGGGACGCAGGUGGGUACCUUGUGAUAGGGCCUAGUCCUAUGAA